GGUGCCGGGUUAGCCCCGCCCCUUUUGCGCCGCCAUGCUGAGCCCGUUCGGCCGGCUGCCGGUUCCAGCUGUUGCUCGCCGUAUUCUGCACAUUAGCUGGAAGCGGCGGCAGUGCGGACUGAGGGCGGCCUCACGGGACAGUGGAGGUGUCGAAGGUCAGACUCCAGAAAGAAAUAAUCUACAGCGGGAAAAGGAAAACUACGACCUGUCUAAAUUUCCAGUAGAAAAUAUUAGAAAUUUCAGCAUCAUUGCUCAUGUAGACCAUGGAAAAAGUACACUCGCAGAUAGACUCCUGGAAAUAACAGGGGCAAUUAUCAAAUCUGGACACAACAAACAAGUACUAGAUAAACUGCAGGUGGAGCGUGAACGAGGUAUUACAGUGAAAGCGCAGACAGCAACUCUGUUUUAUAGUCAUGCAGGAAGGACCUACCUCUUAAACCUGAUUGACACACCAGGUCAUGUGGAUUUCAGCUAUGAAGUUUCUCGUUCAUUGUCUGCUUGUCAGGGUGUGCUGUUGAUUGUCGAUGCCAAUGAGGGCAUUCAAGCGCAGACUGUGGCAAACUUCUUCCUUGCCUUUGAAGCUCAGCUCAUGAUAAUUCCAGUGAUAAACAAGAUUGAUCUCAAGCAUGCAGAACCUGACAGGGUUGAAAAACAGAUUGAAAAGAUCUUUGAUAUUCCCAAAGAAGAAUGUAUCAGGAUUUCAGCCAAACUUGGAACAAAUGUUGAUCAGAUUUUGAAAGCAGUUGUUGAAAAAAUUCCGCCGCCACGUGCAAACGUUUCAGAUCCAAUGAGGGCGUUGGUGUUCGACUCUACCUAUGACCAUUACAGAGGAGUCAUAGCCAACAUUGCACUCUUUGAUGGAUGGGUGCAAAAGGGAGACAAAAUUAUGUCGUCUUACACAAAGAAAGUGUAUGAAGUCAAUGAAGUUGGAAUUCUGAGGCCUGAUCAAUACCCAGUAGAAAAGCUGUGUGCUGGACAAGUGGGCUAUUUGGUAGCUGGAAUGAAAGAGGUAAAGGAGGCAGAGAUCGGAGAUACCCUUCACUUACAGAAACAACCUGUGGAGCCACUAGCAGGGUUCAAACCUGCCAAACCAAUGGUCUUUGCAGGCAUGUACCCUACUGACCAAUCUGAGUAUACCAACUUAAGGAAAGCUGUAGAGAAAUUGACACUGAAUGAUUCCAGUGUGACAGUUCACCGGGACAGCAGUCCAGCCCUGGGUGCUGGCUGGAGGUUAGGUUUUCUGGGACUUCUGCACAUGGAGGUAUUCAAUCAACGUUUGGAACAAGAAUAUAAUGCAUCAGUCAUUCUCACUGCCCCUACUGUUCCAUAUAAGGCGAUUCUAUUAUCCAGCAAAUUAAUUAAGCAACAUGGAAAAGAAGAAAUUACAAUUUUAAAUCCAUGCCAAUUUCCUGAUAAGCACCAAGUUAAAGAAUAUUUGGAACCAAUAGUCAUCGGCACUAUCCUCAGUCCUGAUGAUUACAUUGGGGAAAUAAUGUCCCUUUGUCAGGGUCGAAGAGGUGUUCAGAAGAAUAUGACUUACAUUGAUGAUCAGAGAGUUAUGAUGCAAUACCAAUUUCCAUUAAAUGAAAUUGUGGUAGACUUUUACGACACUCUAAAAUCUCUUUCUUCAGGAUAUGCCAGCUUUGACUAUGAAGAUGCAGGAUACCAGGCUGCUGACCUAACUAAGUUGGAUAUUUAUUUAAAUGGAAAAUGUGUGGAGGAGCUCACAACAGUUGUGCACAGGGAGAAAGCUUAUUCUUCUGGAAAAGCAAUAGCUGAACGUUUAAAAGAAACAAUACCACAGCAACUUUUUGAAAUCGCCAUUCAGGCAGCUGUAGGUAGUAAAGUUAUAGCAAGAGAAACAAUUAAAGCAGUGAGAAAAAAUGUAUUGGCAAAGUGUUAUGGUGGAGACAUUACCCGUAAAAUGAAGCUUCUGAAGAGACAAGCUGAAGGUAAGAGAAGAAUGAGAAAGAUCGGCAACGUGGAAGUACCAAAGGAUGCAUUCAUAAAUGUACUAAAAAGACAAAAGGACAAAUAAAGUAGUUAAGAUGUUUUUCGGCACAUGCAGCGAAAAGUUAAAAAGCCAAGCUUGUCAAGUGAGGUGGAUUCUCUACGUAUUUCUUACCAGUCUCUGUGCUUCAAAAUCAACAUAAUUUUGAUACAUAGGUAUAAUGGUAUGCAUAAUCACUGAUGUUGUAAUUUGAAAUAUACUUAGUUAAAAGCAGUAAAAGCAUUAUUUAUUUGGAAUUUUCCUAUUGUUAAUAUCUUCUGGGACUCACUGAAGUAUUUGAAAUCAUUGUCAAUAAUUAACACCAUUCAGAAAAAAUAUUAUGAUGUAUAACUCUCAAUGUCAAUUCUGUAAUAAGGAUGAAUUUUUCAAAAAUAUUUAUUUAUUGUAAAUACAUUUGUUACAUGGAAUUAAAUA